AUGACCGUUGCCAGCGAAUUUGAACUCGCCAACCAGCAGUAUGCUGCUACUUUCGACAAGGGCCACUUGCCCAUGCCUCCCGGCCGAAAGGUCUUCGUUCUGACCUGCAUGGACGCCCGUCUGGACCCGGCCAAGUUCCUCGGCUUGGAAGAGGGCCACGCCCACGUCUGCCGCAACGCCGGCGGCCGCGCGGCCGAGGCUUUGCGCUCUGUGAUUAUCUCGCAACAGGCUCUGGGAACGCGUGAAAUCGUCGUCAUUCACCACACGGACUGUGGCAUGCUGAUUAUUAAGGAGGACGAGUUCCGUGAGGCCGUCAAGAAGAACACUGGGGAGGAUGUGAGCCAUGUCGCGUUCUUGACGAUCAAGGAUCUUCAGGAGAGCGUCAAGACGGAUGUUGAGCUGCUGAGGAAGCAUCCGGCGGUUCUGGAUGUGCCUAUCACGGGGUACAUUUACGACGUCAAGACGGGCAAGAUCAACAAGGUCGACGUAUAA